AUGUAUUCUCUCUCUAAACUCUCAAACUCUCUCUCUCAAACUCUCAAACUCUCUCUCUCUCUGUCUCUCUCUCCCUCUCUCUCUGUCUCUCUCAAGCUCUCUCUCUCUCUCUCUCAAGCUCUCUCAAGCUCUCUCUCUCAAGCUCUCUCUCUCUCUCUCUCUCAAGCUCUCAAGCUCUCUCUCUCUCUCUCUCUCCUGUCUCUCUCUCUCUCUCUCUCUCUCUCUCAUCUCUCAUCUCUCACACGCCUAACCCUGAUCGCUUGGGUCGUGGCUGACUGUUCUGUGGCCGCCAUGGCGGGGGCUACGGGUUCAGCCGGGACGGAGGCAGCAGCACCGCCGUAUACGCCCGGACAGUAUCGGGCGGGCGAGUACGUGCUGACGAGCCAAUGGCAUGAUGCGAGUCUGUCCCUGCCAGCCCAGCUAUUUGUGGCGCAUAUCGAGCAGAUCGAUUCGGCGGCCGGUCAGGCCACGCUUCGCUUCUUCUACUGGCCCCAGAUUACCUUCUUUUCUGCCUCGCACACCUUUUACAAGCAAGAAGUCUGCCUGUCCAGCGUCCGCCUUGCCGUGCCCCUUGCCGCGCUCGUCCGACACUGCGCCGUCCUCAACAAGACGAGCUACCUCCUCCAUGAUGUCCCGGGCAUUCCCGAAGCUGAUACCUUUGUCUGCCUCUCCAGCUAUCAGCCCCGCAGCAAGGUCUUUGGCCCCCUCAAGCGGGGCCACCGCCCUGGCCUUCCCCUGCCCACCGUCACCCGCUCCAAUACCCGUCACCUCGCCCCCUUGCAGGGCCCCUUGACCAUCGGGGCCGGCCCCAAGACCACGGCCCUCAACCAAGACCUGCUCCGUCUCACACCAGCAGCUGAACACUCUGCCGCCCUUACCCAGCGCCGUGCCCGCCCCACUCCAGUCGAUGCAACACCACCGGCCAGCGCCGAUGCCCCCGCUGCAACCGAGACGUUGUCCCGAGAUCAGGCUCAAAAACCCAUCGACGCGCCCGCCGUCCCCGCCGCGCCGGUGGACGUGCUGCGGAGUAGCGACUUUCCCCGCCAUGUGAUCAAUACCACCAAAACCCGCCCCUUACUGCGCUUCCCAGAAGGCCUGCCCACCGCCACCGGUCCUCACCGCCGCCGACGAGGCCGCCAAAUGGCCAUUGCCCCAAUCACCCUCAAGGCCAUCAUGGCAGAUCAGGGACAAAAAACGUCUCAAACCACCCUCUCCACCCCCGUUGCCCGAGAUGAAAUGCUCGGCGAGGUGGCCACCCUCAUGACCAAUGUCAAAGACAGCGCUGGCACUGUUGCUGCUCGCGGAGCUGCAAAGCAGCCACGUACCAAGCGUGCUAAGCGCACCAGCUCGGCGGCCAAAAGUGCCACAACACCAUCUGCGGCCGCCAUUGCUGCCCGUGCCUCUACCCAGGAGGAAAACGACGAAGGCUCACAUGCCCGAGACGAUGCAGACGAGUAUUUCGAGCAGCAUCAUGGACGAGGGCAAACCACCUCAGACGCAACGCUCGCGGAUACCAGCCUCAUGAAGCUCAAGGAACAUGACGUAGAGGCGGCAUUGCAACGCGUUCCAGAUGAGUGGACCUCUCAGCGCGAAGCCCUUCGCCUGCGGCAUGAGAAACGUUUUCACUUAUGGGCAAGCCGUCUUCAGGCCGGGUUCAACCUGUUGUUCUACGGUGUUGGUUCCAAAAAGGAGCUCCUCACCCUGUUUGCGGAACGACACCUGCGUCACCGGGACAUUGUCUCUAUCAACGGCUUCUUCCCCUCCAUGAGUAUUAAACAGGUUCUCGAUGUGAUUUGCGAGCGCCACCUGGGCUAUCAGGGCCGAUUUCGCAGCGCGCUCGAGCAGCUGGAUUUCAUAGCUGCUACCUUGGCCAGCUCAGAAGAAAACGUAGCGCCCAUGACGCUUCUCAUUCAUAACAUUGAUGGUUUGAUGUUACGAAAUGACUUGGCCCAGACGAUUCUCAGCGGCCUUGCUGCUUUGCCCAGUGUGAGCCUUGUUGCAAGCAUUGACCACGUCAAUGCACCGCUCUUGUGGGACCAGGGCAAAUUGGCGCGCUUUUCAUUUGCUUGGAUCGAGGCAACAACGUUUGCCCACUACAAGUUGGAGACGGCGUAUUCCAACAGCAUCCUCUCUCGCACAAGCGUUGUCAGCGUUGCAGCGGCCGUGGUGGUCAUGAAAUCGCUCACACACAACGGGCGCAAAGCCUUUUGGACCCUUUUGCAACAUCAAAGUGACAAUCUUGACAACCCCAACUACCCCGGUUUGCGUUUUGCGGAUUAUUUGGCACUGUGCCAGCAAAACUUUUCGGCGCAUGACGAGGCCCGACUAAAGGCCUAUAUGACCGAGUACCGCGAUCACCAGCUCGUCACCAGUCGAAAGGUCCGCGUGCCCGUAUCCCAUGGCCACACGCUCAAGCGCAACGCAGCUCCCCUCACCUCAAUGCUGAUCACAAUACAAACUGAGUAG